AAAUAAAAUGAGGAUGCUCAUGAACUUUGAAGGAUUAAAGAUCAUUUGGAUUUAGUGUCUAUGGGUUUACUUUUCUCUAUGUUUUAUGAGGUGGUUAUAUAAAAGGGACUUCUAAAAUUGAAAAGGAUGACAAAAAUGGGCUGAACAUUUCAAACAAAGUUCAGUGUGAAGUCAGUAGUAUAUUCAGUAGAGGUGACAGGGAACAAAGAUGUGGAGGAGAAAGUAGGAAAAGAAAAUCGGCAAGCAGUAAAAAUAAUGAUUGGGGUCAGGCAGUAACAGUAUAAUCAAGAAACUUGAAUAUGAUGGAAAAAGCCAUGGGUGGCUAUAAAAGAGGCAUCUGAAAUAGGAAAUGAUGUGAGAGGAGAAGAUAAUUUUAGUACAGUUAAAGGAAGUAGCAGCUAUGGGUGUUAAGAAGUGGAUUAAUUUUAAAUGUGUCCUAGAAGUAAGAGAAAUAUUUGUUAAGGGGUGGAGAAAGAAUGAUGUGAAAGGCCUAGUUGAGUGUUAUAUGGCUAUUUCAAGCAAGAGUUUACAUAGAGUAUUACGUCCAUUUUUGGACACCAUACUUUCAGUGGAGCACUGAUGAACCAGAGGUUAUUCAAGACACCAGGGUGGUGAAAAAAGGCAGCUCUCCUCAGAUAAUUGUAGGUCUGCCAUAAGGAAGAAAGAUCACAUUUGGCUCUAUAUUGUUCAAAAGAAAGAAACAGACCCAAGGAAAGUUAAAGGGAAGCAGAUUUUGCUUAAUAUAAUGUUUUAACAAUUAGACAUGCCCCUGUAACAGAAUGGGCUAUUGUACAGUAAUGCUUUCCACCUUUGCAAGUAUUCAAGCAGAAAAUAUUCAAUAACCUGACUAGCUAAUCAAAUGGUUUCUUUUACCUUAUAAGGUCCUAUCUUCCUGGAGGAACAUGUGAUUUGCAGACAGUGAACAAUUCCGAUGCUGCACUUUGAUCUUUUACUAGGGGUGCUGCUUUCCCAAUACCCCCACUUGCCAGGAGGAAGGGCAGCCAGACGUACUAGCUAUGACCAUCCUUUUGGCACAAUCUAUUGGCUGGUACAUUUAGUGUCAGCUACUGCUUUUUAUUUCACCUUAUUAUUAAUUCUGGGCUCCAAAGGAAAAGUUUUGGAAGGCCUUUUCCCUCUUUGUUAAUUAUAACAUGAAAUCAGUCAGGGUCCAAGCAGAAAACAGAUAAGCAUUCAAACUGAGUAAUUUGAGGAGAGUUUGAUAAAGGAACUGUUCACAAAGGUGUGGACGGUGUUUACAGAAACCAACAAGGGAUGGCACUGUCCCCCAGGACUUGUGAUAGGGGGAGACAUUACUUAUCCCUGGCCUGAAGAUGGAAGAUAUGGAACUGUUUCCAGACUCUGGAGAGCAUGGCUAUGUGAGAGGACUGCUUGAAAGGAGAGUUUGUAGCCAGCAUGCAGCAAGAGAGCCAGGGAAAGAAAUAACCUAAUCUCACUUUUCUCCUACUAGUGCCUCUCGCUGCCAAACCUGACCAUGAGCUGGGCAUGAAGGGAGCCAGCUGACAUCUAUAUGGGUCAGCCUCUUGGGGCACAGAGCAGGACAGAACAGAAGAAAGAGGGAGUCUGGAGAGGCUAAUGGAAGAAACCACAAAAAGCAAAUUCCUUUCUGAGGAAGAAGUGUGCCCUCUUCCAGUCCGUUCCCAGGCCUGCCUCAUCUUCCACCCUAGAAUGAUUGACCAUGGAAACAUCCAAUUUCUUCAACCUCAUCCACCAGAUUUUACCCGGGAUUCUGCUGACCAUGACCUCAUGCUUAUCAAGCUGAGUCAUCCCCAAAAACUCAACAAUCAGGUGAAGCUGGUGGUUCUGCCCAAUACCACAGAUGACAGAAGAGGGGAAAAGUGCACAGUCUCUGGCUGGGGCUGGGAAUGGACGAAUUCCGACCCAGAGCCUGAUAUCCAGAUAAACCAGACUGUCUUUUGGUUCUCUAAUGAUGACUGCCAAGAGUCCCCUGUAAGACAAAUUCCUGUUAAAAUCACAGAGAACAUGUUCUGUGCAGGAUCAUCUCUGGAGAACAUACACACGUGCAAGGAAUUAGCUGCUGCCCCAAUCCUAUGCCAGAAUCAGCUCCAUGGGAUCCUAUCUUGGUCAGCAGGAUGUAUUCUGAGAGGUGAUAUUGGCUACUACACCAGGGUAUCCCACUAUACAGACUGGAUCCGCAAAGUCAUCCACAGCAACUGAGUUCUUUCUAUUCUCUCAUCCCAGUGGCCUCAGAACUGGGUCUACCAUCCUUGACUCUUCCUUUCCCUCAAGCCUCAGAACAAGAUGGGAAUAGAGUCUUUGGCUAUCAGAAAUUUUCUGUUCCUUCUGUUCUCUUGAAUUCCCUUCUCCUUUCUCAGUUCAAGCCUGAAUGGUCAUCAAAGGAUGUGAGCUGGAUGACGUUCUCCUAAAUGAGCUAACUUCUCACCACUCCCUUCUUCUCCUCCAACUUCCUACUCACCUGCCAUGGUUUCCUCAGACUUUUAUGGAGCAGUUCUCCUCCAACCUCUACCCUCCAGAGGACAUAUGGGCGUCAGGGAUAUGAUGGUGAGACUGUGGCACCUCUAGGGUGACUCCUUUGUCUGACAUCACUUAGUGAUGAGUCAGGCCUCUGAGUCAGGCCUGUGCCCUCUCACUCCAUCCUAUCUAAUAAAGCUCAGUAAAUGCUGCAAUGUUAUUAGGCUGCUGGCAACAUAAUUGAUAGAGAUAGAGGCUAGAGUUUUAUGACAAGAAGAGCUAUAAGGGUUUCAAGAAAGGUUAGGAUAUGAAGCAGAAGUGGGUGCAGAGAGGAGUUAAAUGGGUCAGACCACCAACAGGAGGAGGGGUGGUCUCCUGAGAGAACUUUCCUAAUGCUAAGCACAGAAAAAUCUAAGGUAGAUGGCUGGAAAGAGAAUGGUAGAAGGAUAAUAGGGAAAUUAAAACCUAGGUGAGUAUAAUUGUGUUUGUGUCUGUCUGUGAGUGUGCAUAUGCACAUGUUUGUGUAUAGAUAAGUGGAGGUGUGUGCAAAGGAUGAUCUCACUGAACCAACCAAAAUCUAUCCUACACCAAUUGCCAAUUCAGCUGAUUUUCUCCAAAUUCUGAAUUCACCUGCUCUUAUCCUAACUUUCUCAAUUAUUAAAUUUAAAAAACUAUAAUAGGUCCUAUUUUUAUUACAAUAUUUUAUUUGAAAUUGGUUAAGACAAAUUGUAAAAAAAAAAAUUACAGAAAGUUUUUGUGUACCCAAUCUUGCCCCAUUGAUAAUACUUCCUGUAACCAUAGUAAAAUGUCAAAACCAGGAAAUUCACAGUGGUACAAUGCUGUUCAUUCAGAUACAGAUCUUAUUUGGAUUUCACCAAUCUUUCUUUAUUACACUCUUUUUAAGGGUAAAAUUUGAAAUCUUACCACAUGUAUGGAUUCCUGUAACCACCACAAGCAGAGUCCAAAACGGUUCUAUCACCAUAUCAUCAGAAAGAAACUUCUUCUGUUACACUUUAAUAAUCACACUUUUCCUGGCCCUAACCCUUGCAAGCAUUGAUCUAUUCUCCAUUACUAAAUUUUGUCACUUCAGGAAUGUUCUAUAGUAUGCAAUCUAUAUAAUUCCUUUGCUCUUAUUUUUUCAUUCAUGAUGUUCCAAGAGUCCUUUCAUUGUCAUUUCCUUUCUAACUGAAUAGUUUUUUUUAGCCAUUCUUUUAGAGCAAGUCUGCUGGUGACAAAUCCUUUUAGUGUUUCUUCACCUUAUUUCUUGAAGGAUUUUUUUUUUGCUGGAUAAAGCAUACUGGGGGGCGCCUGGUUGGCUCAGUCUGUUAAGAAUCUGCCUUCAGCUCAGGUCAUGAUUCCAGGGUCCUGGGAUGGAGCCCUGCAUUGGGCUCCCUGCUCAGCAGAAAGUCUGCUUCUCCCUCUGCCCCUCCCACUGCUCAUGCUCUAUCAUAAAUAAAUAAAAUCUUAAAAAAAAAAAAAAAAGAAUUCUGAGUUGAUAGUGCUUUUCUUUCAGGACUCAAAAAGUGUUUGCCUCUUUCUUCUGUCCUUCAAGUUUCUGAGGAGAAAUCUGCUAUAAUUUGACUCAUUGUUCCCCAAUCAGUAAUGCAUGGUUUCUCUCUGGCUCUGGCAGCUUUCAAAAAUUUUUCUUCAUCUUCCUUCGUCUUUGCUUUUCAGAGGUUAAAUGUGAAAUGUCUGAGUGUGAACAUUUAAAAGUUCAUUCUGUUUGGAGGUACAUUCAGUUUCUUGAAUCUGUAGGUUUAUGUCUCUCACCAAAUUUAAGAAGUUUGAGCUAUUAUUUCUUCAAGUAUAUUUCAGCUUAGUGUUCUUUUUCUUCUGAAACGUUGAUAACAUGAAUGUUAAAUCAUCUGUUAUUAUCCCACAGGUGCCAGGGUUCCAUUCAUUUUUUAAAAUAUCCCUUUUUCAUCUGUUGUUCAUAUUGAUAAUUUCUACUGCUCUAUCUUCAAGUUCACUGACUGCUGGUCUGCCAAUUUUGCUAUUGAACUCAUUAUUUUAAAUAUGUUUUUAUUUUCUAUAUUUAUGGUGCUUUCACAUCUUGGAAGACUUGCUGGCUAGGGAAAGAGUGCCCCUCCCAGAACUAACUAAUUCCUGGAAGUAGUAAAUGACUCUGUCUAACAUGCUUUUUAUAUGCAAACUUAGCAAUUCAGAGCUGUACCCCAGCCACCUUCUUUAUCUAACUUUCACACACCAAACCAAUAUUUCCUCUCCUCUAAAUCACACAGGGCCAGGUAUCACUACCAUAGCUCAAAGCCUACUGAAAUUAUUCAAACUAUUCAAUCCUAAACUUGUUCAAACGUGACUACCCUGCCUCACCCAUUCCUUCUAUUGGUUUCCAAAAGGCUUGUGGCUGUGCUUUCCUCUCGCUCCUCCUGCCUCCUGACUGACCCUCGUACUUCCUCAUGUAGCCUUGCGUGGUGGCAUGCCUCUUAAUAGACCCUUCUUUCAGUGGCACUGACCUGUCAGCGUUAUCAUUUAGUCACUUUUAGAAAUUAAAUCCUAGGUUCAAUUAAAAUAUCCAUCUAAUGAAUUUUUAUUUCAGUUAUUAUAUUUUUAAAAUCUAAAAUUUCCAUUUGGCUUAUCUUUAUGUAUUCUAUAAAUCUUUGCUAAGAUUUUCUGUCUUUCAGUUUUUUUAAUGGCUGCUUUAAAAUCUUUGUCAGAUAAUUCCAACAUUUUCAUCAUCUUGGUGUUGACAUCUGUUGAUUAUAUUUUCUUAUUGGAGUUGAAAUUUGCCUAAUAGGGUGAGCAAUUUUGUACUAUAUCCUGGUGAGUUGGAUAUCAUAAGAGUCUGAUUCCUAUUUAGGUAUUCUAAUUGAGGGGAGCCUGAGUGGUUCAGGUGGUUAGGCAUCCUACUCUUGAUUUUAGCUCAGGUCGUGAUCUCAGGGUCAUGGGAUCAAGCCCCAUGUUGGCCUCUGCACUGGGCAUGGAGCCUCUUGGGAUUCUCUCUUUCCAUCACCCUCUGCCCCUCCCCCAACCCUACUCACUCUUUCUCUCUCUCUAAAAAAGAGAUAUCCUAAUUGAGCAUGUAUUUAACCUAUUUAUGUUCAGAAUGUAUGGUCUAGCCCACUUUUGUGGGCUAUGAUUCAAAUGUCAAUUUGGUUUAUAAAGCCUCUAGAAUGUUAUUCUGUAGGGCGUUGUGGUGACAGAACAAUGACCCUCCACACACACACACACACACACACACACACACACACACACACAAAUUGUCUACACCUUAAUCCUUAAAACCUAUGAAUAUGUUACCUUACAUGGUAAAAGAGACUUUGCAAAUGUGAUUAAGUUAAGGAUCUUGAUAUGGGAAGAUUAGCCUGGAUUUCAAGGUGGGCCCAAUGUAAUCACAAGUGUCUUUAUAAGAACAUGGCAAAAGGAUCAAAAAAAGAGGGGAUAUGUGGUCAAGGAAAUAGAAGUUAGAGUGAUGUGCUUUAAAUAUAGAGGAAGGGGCCAUGAGCCAAGGCACGCAGGCAGCCUCUAAAAGCUGGAAAGGCAAGGAAAUGGAUUCUCUCCAAAGCCUCCAGAAAGUCUUCCAUUAAGAGGGCAGCUCUAUGGGCAUCUUGAUUUUAGCCUAGUAAGACCCAUUUUGGCCUUCUGAUCUCUAGAACUGUAAGAUAAUAAAUUUGUGUUGUUUUAAGCCACUAAUUUUUGGUAAUUUUUUAUAACAGCAAUAGGAAACUAAUACACAGCAGAAGUUAGAGUUCUGCCAACCAGCCCCACUACUGGAGCACCAUAGGGAUGAGGGAGUACAUGGCUUUAUAGGUUUGGGCUCAAGAUCAAGGAAAUUGCCAAUAACUUAUUGGUUUAAAACAACAAAAAUUUAUUAUCUCAUGAUUUCCUUAGUUAAGAAUCGCAUAGUUCAUUGUCUCAUAAGGCUAAAAUCAAGAUGUGGGCCAGCUACAUCCCCACCUGGAGGUUCAACUAGGAAAAGAUCCACUUCCACCUCUUUCACAUUGCUGGCAGAAUUCAUUUCCUUGCAGUUUUAAGGCUAAGAUCCCCGAGUCUUGCUACUUGGCAGCGGGGGACCACACUCAGCUCCUAGAGGCCAUUCUUAGAUCUUUGCCAUGUGGACUUCUCCAUCUUAGCAACAGAAAACCACCCUCAUGUCAAAUGCUUCUCAUGCUUUGAAUUUCUCAGACUUCCUCUUCUACUAUCAGGCAAAGAAAACUCUUUAACUUUUAAAGGGCUUAUGUGAUUAGGCCAGGACCACCUGGAUAAUCUCCUUAUCUUAAUGUCCACCAUGCCAUAAAACAUAGGCUAACCACAGAGGUCAUGUCCAUCAAAUUCACAGUUCUAGGUAGGGCAAGGACUCAAUGGUAGGAAACUUGGGGGAUACAUCUUAGAAUUCUGCCUACCGCAUACAGUUAAGAAGUUUCUGUUCUAUUGGGCUUCUCCUUUCCCAGUCCUUUGGCUAGAGAAAUAAGAUUUUCUUAUAUUUGAUGUUGUUGCUGUUUUUGUUUGUUUAUUUUUUGUUUCUUUGCUUUUUUGUCGCUGCCCACUUUUGUUUCCAGAUUACAAAUAUUUUUAGCAUACAGACCUGGAUAUACUGAGGGCAAGAAAGAAGCCCAGGAAAUGCACCACCAGGUCAUUCCUCAAGUCUCAAGAUGUCUAGCUAAUUCACUUUUUUCCCACUUUUCAGAUCUUCUGGUAAAUGGCUUGUAUAUUUUGUUCAGGGUUUUUUGGUAUUGUUAUUGUUAUUAGCAGGAGGCUUAAAAUGGGAUGCACCUACUCCAUCUUGUCUAGAGCAAGACUUUAUUUACAUGGGGCAUUAGAAAAAUGAAAGGCAAUGUAAUUAAGAGGAAAGACCACUGAACUAUAAGUCAGGAGACCUGAUUUCUAGUCUAGACUCUAUUACUGACUAAGCAAUGAUUUUCAUGUUGUGUGUGCAUGAGCCCUAGGAGGGUGUAAGUAGUGAGUAUUAAAACUUGUAUUUGUAAUUAGUUCAGCUCAUCCUUUAAAAAUUUCUUUUUGGGGGGGAGCCUGGAUGGUUCAGUCAGUUAAGUGUCUGACUCUUGGUUUCAGCUCUAGUUGUGAUCUCAGGGUCAUGAGAUUGAGCCCCACA